AUUACAAUUCUUUUCUCUCCGCUUCGCGUCGGCGAACAGUAUAAGUCUUAUAAGCGUGCCGAUAAAUAAAUGUUAAAAUGACAAUUCUCACGGAAAUACAUAAAGAAGCAAUUUCUUUAAUUUAUCAAUUUAUACAACAAAAUUUGGAUAAAUCGUUGGCACAAAAUUUCUUAAAGGAGACUAAAGCGAAACCUCGUGCAAAAAAUCUACCAACACUGAUAGAUAUAAUUUCACAAUAUCAGAAACAGAAGAGCAAGCCUGCUGACAGUUCUGAUGAUUCAAGUGAUGAAGAGGAACAAUCGAAGAAAUUACCCCCACAAGUAAAUGGCAAAAGUCUCCCAGCAAAAAAAAAACAAAAUGAUUCUGAUUCAUCAUCAGAGGAUGAAAAACCUAAAACACAAGUAAAACAAACAAAAGUACAGCCAGUUCCUACCAAGAAACAGGAAUCAUCAGAUGAUAGUGAUAGUAGUGAAGAUGAUGCUACUGCAAAACCUAAAAAACAGCCAGUAAAAUCUCAAUUGACAAGUGUACCAGCUAAACUGACGAGUAAACAGGAAUCAUCAUCGGACAGUGACAGCAGUGAUGAAGCAACUAAACCUAAACCCAAACAAACACCUGCCAAGCCUGCAGCAAAAGUUGCACCUACAAAAAAACAAGACUCUUCCUCAGAUGACUCGGAUGACAGUAGUGAUGAUGUUAAAAAAAAUAACAAGAUUGUUCCUCCUAAAUCACAGCCUAAACAACUAUCAAAUAAGAAAGAUGAAUCAUCGGAUGAUAGUAGUGAUGAUGAGCCACCUAAAAAUCUACAGAAACCUGCAACUAAACCACCUAAUAAGGCACCAGUCUCAAAGACACAAGACUCAUCUUCAGAUAGUGAUAGUAGUACAGAAGAAAAACAAAAAGCAUCAGUAAAGGUACCUGUUAAGUCUUCACCACUAAAGGUGACACCAGGUAAAAAACAAGACUCUUCUGAUGAUAGUGAUGAUUCUGAUAAGCCUGGUGUUGGUAAAAAGCCUGCAGCUAAUCAAUCAAAAACACCACUAAAAGCACCUGUUAAACCAGCUAACAAGAAACCUGCAUCAUCAUCAUCGGACAGUGACAGUAGUGAGGAAGAAACGAAGCCCAAACUUCCAACAAAAUUGCAAGCAAAGGCAACACCCGCUAAAAAACCACAAUCAUCAUCAGACAGUGAAGAUAGUAGUGACGAUGACAAUAAGAAAAAGGCACUUGCUCCUGUUAAGAUAGUGCCUCUUAAAUCACAGGGCAAGGCAACUGCUCAACUUAAAAAACAGGAAUCUUCAGACGAUAGUGAUGAUAGCAGUGAUGAUGAAGUUGCCAAAAAACCUGUUCCUAAACCUCUAGUUACUCCUGCUAAAUUAGCAACAAAAGCUCCUGUAAAAAAAGAUUCAUCCAGUAGUGAAGAUAGCAGUAGCGAAGAUGAGAAAAAGAAACCAGCACAGAAAACUCCAGUGAAACCUCAAUUAAAACCUACUUUAAAAAAAGAAUCAUCAUCAGAAGAUAGUGAUGAUGAUAGUAGUGACGAUAAUAAUCAAAAGUCUAAUCCAAAACCAAGUUCUGCUAAUCAAAUAAAACAGAAAUCUACUAAAAAGCAGGAUUCAUCAGAUGAAGAUAGCAGUGAUGAAGAUGCACCGAAACAAAAGACACCUGCUAAAAAACAAAUACAAAAUAAUGAGUCAUCAGAAGAAUCAGAUAGUAAUGAUGAUGAUGAUGAUGCCCCACCUUCAAAGAAAACAAAAAAGGUCUCAAAAGAACAACCCGAAAAUCAGAAUGGUAUCCAAACUGGUAAGAAAAGGAAAGCAUCUGGUGGAGAUUAUGGUCCAGCUAAAAAGCCAUACAACAACUUUGUAAAAGGAACUGUUGAUGCUUCAACACCUAUUCAGAACAAGAACGAAAUAAAUAAUAAGCCAAUACCAUUCAGACGUGUGGUGGAUGAAAGGGUAGAAGUGGAUCCUAGACUUAAGGAUAACUCUUUCGAAGCUAAGAUUGGAGCUCGCGGUUCAUGGGGUGAACGUGCAAACCAAGACUUGAAACACACUCGGGGCAAGUCAUUUAAACAUGAAAAGACGAAGAAAAAGCGGGGCUCAUACCGCGGUGGUGCCAUCGAUACUGGUGUCCAUUCCAUCAAAUUUGACGAUUAAUAAUAACAGUAAAGCUGCUAUGCGAUACUUUUUUAGUAUUUAAUCAUUAUAUUUCAAAACCUAAUAUUCAUUGUGCAAUUGUAUCUAAUGCACUAUGUAAUUUGAUAGAAAUUGCCGGUGAAGUACCAGAGUUAGCAUUUACUGUUAAUUUCAUUUUUAUUUCACUACUAUAUGUGAACUGCAUUGGUUUAUCUGUUAAAUUCGAAUAUAUACAUUGUUAAUUAAAUGUAAGUAAUUUCUUUUAAUUAAGUAUUAAUAGAUU